UUUCACGAGUAAAGUCUAUAGGGAGAGGACAAGAGAGAAAAUGGGUAAGAACGAUACCAGAGUCGUUAUGAGAUUUGCAGUUCUUACAAUGGUUCUAACCGCUGCAAUAACGGUGAAAGAAGUUACAAGCCUUACCCUUUGUAAAAUCGACACAGACGAUAUGCAGAAAUGUCGUCCAGCCGUCACUGGAAACAACCCGCCGCCUCCAGUCAACGAGUGCUGCGUAGUGGUCAAAUCCGCUGAUCUUGCAUGCUUUUGCAGAUACAAGUUUUAUCUCCCAAUUUUAGGAAUUGACCCAUCUAAAGUCGCGGCUCUUGUAGCCAAAUGUGGCGUUGCAACAAUCCCUCGUAAUUGCCGUGCUUGAAGAACGAGAUUGAGACAAUGAGACAGGUCUCUAUGGUGCUGUCAAAGAAUUGACUGGAUCUUGUCCUGCAUCUGAAUUUGUUAUGUUUUUUUAGUAUUCUGAUCCAAAUAAAUCACAAAUUUGUGAUGAUUUUUCGAUAUACCUUGUGUAUAUAGAAAAACCAUGUGCAAUAUAUUAAUGAAAAUGAUAAAUCAG